CAUAAACCGAUUCGAGCACCGUUUGACAGCCAGCGCGAGCCAGCAGCUGUCAGUUGCGUCUGUUAUGAAACAGCUGUCAUUGUGGUGCCGCUCUGUUUAUGUAAAAUUUAGUCCCGCAAAUUAAGUUUUCCCGUGCGAAAGAAUGUCGCUGCUUCCCGUGCUGAGCCGGUUGCUCCCGCUCGUGGGCCAAUCGGCGGCGAGAUCCGUCCACAGCGGGACCGGCCUGCUGUUCCGCAGCACACCGGUGCUGUGUGCCGAACCGCUCAAGAAGAAGAAAAAGCUCGACCCACAGAUCGUGAAGCAGCGGGAGGAGCGCAAACGGAAGCGGCUGGAGAAGCAAAUUCGCCGGCUGGAGAAGAACGCCCGCCAGCUCAAACCGAUCGAGGAGCUCGAGGUGCCGAUGGAGCUGAUCGACGAGCAAAGCAAACGGAAGCGAAACGUGCCGAAACCGACGGCCGAGCUGCUCGAAAGCCGCGCCCUGCUCGAGAAGCAGUGGGCCAAGUACCGCAUGCAGGAGAAGCUGGCCGACUACCAGCUGUUCGAUCGGAUCGUGGCGGCCCAGGCGAAGGCGCUGGGCGAGCUGCAGCUCGCGUCGGACGAGCUGUACCAGCGGGCGAUACAGCCCGACCCGGCCCUGCUACCGUUCGUGGCGCAGGGUCCCGUCUCUACCCCGCCGAUCAAAGACUACGAGCAACCGGACGGCGAGUACAUCGACGUGUCGCGGAAGUGGGAAUAGUGUGGCCUGGGGUUUGGGUUUUUGGGAGUGUUGCGUGUCUAGCUACGAAACUGUCGCGGCGAUUAUUAUUUUACCUUACCACUAGUGUGCGAACUUUCUAUUAGGGGCCGGCGAGGGUGAACGUUCGUUUGCAUCUCGCAAUAAACGGAACAAACAAAUGUGCGUCUAUUACCAAAAAAAGGAUUUAAAUCAAUCGUUUGCAUGAGGUCAUUCCUUGGUCAUUGAGAAUUUGGAGCAAUAUUCCAUUCUUAGUAGGGGUAGGUUUAACGACUUUGUAUGAGGUUGUAUGCCCCAUUUUACUUAAUUUAAAACAUUUCUAUCGAUUUGUCGAUCAUAUUAAGUUAAAAUUUGUUAUAGAGAACGGGUGGAACUUUAUAAACCCCAUAACUGUUAAACAUGUAACAAUUUAAAUGUUAACUUUAAGACUUUAAGAGACAUCGAGCUUUGAAUGUUUGUGUCUUACGAAUGAAUACGAAUGAAUCUUCGUUACAAGAUUCAUCAUCGCUUGACAAUCUUACAUAUUUCAACUCGAAAAAAAAAACAAAUGGUACAUUAGAAAGCGAAUGAAAAACGUUUUACGUCCCUGAGGUUUCCAUGGUUAUCGAGAAGUAUGCUUUAAUUAUUUUUAUUUUCGGUACAAAUGUACAAGCUCCAUUGAAAUGUUCUUUAAAGAUACCGUUAAAGGUUUUUUUUUAAAUUAACAUUAUGCUCAACAUAAUACAAAAUCAUCCAUGUGUACUUUGAAACUAUGUAGUUACAAAAUGCACUUUGCUUCGCUCCAUCCCGACCAUCUCGGUCAGCAGCGUGCGUGUCGUACUGCAUUGUACACUAAUGAUGGGUAAAGCUCGCGGAAAUCCGCUGUCGACUACAAUCCAACUCCGAAAUUUUCGGAUCCGAUUCCGGAAGAAAGGUCCAUCCAGCAUUGUUCGGAGCUAUUGGGAAUCGUCUGGAGCCGUCCGGAGUCAUCCGGAGUUGGCCGGAGUGAUCCAGAGUCGUCUGGAGUGGGCCGGAGUUUGAGUCGUCUGAAGUCAUCAGGAUCAGGGUCGUUCGUAGGUGGGCUAUGUUUUUGUGGUCAGGCAUUUCAUCUCCAACUCCGUCUCCUUUCUGCUGACUUCGAUCAACUCAAAGCCACUAGUCUUAGAGAAAAUAGAUCAUAUUUAAAACUCA